AUGACGACAACGCCAACAUACGACGGCACCAUGACGACAACGCCAACAUACGUUGGCACCAUGGUGACAACGCCAACAUACGACGGCACCAUGACGACAACGCCAACAUACGAUGGCACCAUGACGACAACGCCAACAUACGAUGGCACCAUGAUGACAACGCCAACAUACGACGGCACCAUGACGACAACGCCAACAUACUAUGGCACUAUGACGACAACGCCAACAUACGAUGGCACCAUGACGACAACGCCAGCAUACGACGGCACAAUGACGACAACGCCAACAUACGAUGGCACCAUGGUGACAACACCGACAUACGAUGGCACCACGGUGACAACACCAACAUACGAUGGCAUCAUGACGACAACGCCAACAUACGAUGGCACCAUGACGACAACGCCAGCAUACGACGGCAACAUGACGACAACGCCAGCAUACGAUGGCACCAUGUUGACAAGAGCAACAUACGACGGCACCAUGGCGACAACGCCAACAUACGAUUGCACGAUGUUGACAAGAGCAACAUACGACGGCACCAUGGUGACAACACCAACAUACGAUGGCACCAUGACGACAACGCCAGCAUACGACGGCACCAUGACGACAACGCCAGCAUACGACGGCACCAUGACUACAAAGGCAACAUACGACGGCACAAUGACGACAACGCCAACAUACGAUGGCACCAUGACGACAACGCCAGCAUACGACGGCACCAUGACGACAAAGGCAACAUACGACGGCACAAUGACGACAACGCCAACAUACGAUGGCACCAUGGUGACAACACCAACAUACGAUGGCAUCAUGACGACAACGCCAACAUACGAUGGCACCAUGACAACGACGACAACGCCAUGGCAUCAUGACGACAACGCAUACGACGGCACCAUGACAUACGAUUGCACCAUGUUGACAAGAGCAACAUACGACGGCACCAUGGUGACAAGGCAACAUACGCACAUGGUGACAACGCAACAAUGCACCGACAACGCCAACAUACGCAUCAUAGCACCAUGGCACCAUGGUGACAAGCCAACAUACGAUUGCACCAUGGUGACAACGCCAACAUACGAUGGCACCAUGGUGACAACGACAUCUCCAACUUAG